AUGGAAUCACCCCUGACUCAAUUGUUGAGGCCAGAUUCUUUUGAGCCAAAAAUCGUCCAGCUCUAUCUACAUCUUUUUAAUGUGCUUGCCAAUGAAGAUACUGAUGAGGAUGUGCCCUCAGAAGGGUUUUGGAGGGAGCUGUUCCUUCUCAAGCCGGAUAAGCAACGGCUCUAUGAUAUCCUCGCACCAUUGACCGCUAACGACCUGCUUCAUAUGCAUACUCAAACCCAGGCAUUCUUUAGGCGGGCAAUCACGGAGAGCAGCUCAGGAAAUUCUCCAAGAAGUGGCAACGCACUUGAGAACUUGGCAGCUUUUCUAUGCGCCAUAUUCACCAAGAAAUAUACCAACCCGAACACAGACGUGAUUCAGGUACUCGCCGGGCUCGAUGCAAUUGAUAAGUUGAUGUCUGACCUGGUCCACUCACUGGAGUCAAUCAUCCGUCAAGCAACCGACAGUUCUCUACGAACUAAAGCGCUUGAUGUCAGCCUUGCUCUCGUGGCAGGCGGCUUCCACACGAGUCUGGUGUCGUAUUUCAUGCACAGGGAUCUGUUCUCCGCGCUCGUGAAGUACAUUCAUGACAUGGACAAAGAUCCUUCCCAAGGCCUCAAGGCGUUUGUUCUUAUCGGGGUCUUGUCCAGUUACAACAAGUUUGAAUCGCAAAACGUGUAUCAGAAUCGACUGGAGGAUUUUGUCAACGUUGAUACAAUUCGCUUGCUGGUGCAGAAUUUUGCCAGUGCCUCUGCACGACUUCGCGACCAGUAUGUGGCCGUACAGGAUGAUUUACCGACGGCAUGGAGUCUGAAUUCAACACUUUCGAUGGUUGGCCUGCGUGCACUAUCAGCAGACGCGAAGAAACCCGUCCCUCCCACCGAAGAGGAAGCCAAGGCGUUGUUCGCCACCACUCCCAACCAGGAUGCAGCUUGCAUUUUAUCUUUGUAUUCUUUCGUUCAAGCGAAUAAGAUAUUUGCGGCGAACCUUGUCAAUCUACCAGCCGACGAAGAUCGAGAACCACCCUUCGCAACCUUCCUGUCCUCAACGUCUUAUAUCUCUCAUCAUGCCUAUCGGGGGCCUCGCCAGUCGACAUAUGCGGUGCUGAGUCUCUUAGCCAUUCGCAUUAUGGUGGAAGAUCCUAUCCUGGUAAAGAAAAUUUCGUCAUCGGACGCCAAGGCAGUGGUUCGGUUGUGCCAUCAAAGGCCUCCCCAUCUACCUUUUGUCACAAAUGCCAGAGUUCCAGCGAUCGCAAUUUUGGACAUCUGUACGGACACCCUCAGUCACAAUCUUCGUAAAAAACUCGACGUCCAACUAUACGGUCUUGCUUUGGGAAUUAUACUACGUAUAGUGACACAUCUUGAGCAGACAAAGACUCGAUUACAGCAUCACUGGGCCUAUAUAUGGGGCUCGUUGAUCUCAUUGAUGCGCUUCCUGGCCCAGUACUCGAGCGAUCUUGGAUAUCUCAGGAACAUUCGGGAAGACUUGUGUUCCACGUUGGCCAAUCUCGCAGCUUUUUGUCUGUCCAAGGGAGACGGAUUUCUGCCGGAUCCAGCCAGUUUUGACGACCUCUUCUACAAGCUGAUUGAAGCGAAUGAUAUUUUAGCGAAAUUCAAGCAAGCGUAUUGUGAUCUCGGGUCACCAUCCAGCACGUUGAACAGAUCGGUGGAAGCGUUGAUCAGUGUUUCGUCGCACUAUCACAGUCUGUUAAAGGCACAGCACGGGAGGAAGACGCAUCAAUCCCCGGCUGCAAUCCAGAAAGUGAUCAAGGAAGGCUAUGAGACACUCAAUCUCGAACCUGAUGAGAGGCUUGGUCAAUGGGAGAGGUGGAGGGAGAAUAACUGGAAACCAGAGCUCAAGAAAAUGAUCCGGGUCGCUGUUGAGGAUGCUCGAAUACUGUCCCUGACCUGA